GCACCUUGGACCUCCGCCCGUCUCUUGGACGUGUCAAUUUAAGCCUAGGCAAAACCUAGUCACAUUACAGUCUAUAAAUCUUGAAACCUCCUGUGCUUCGAGAUAUCUCAAAACCUUUUAUGACAAGCCGUAGAGUAAUUUCCGUCCGUGUCGAAGAGCUGAGCUGUAUUUUGGACUUUGAAAUCUCGACUCUCAAAUAUAAACCUAGAAGUCUUGAACUGCCACACAUCUGCGCACGCGGGACUUAGAGAUGGGCACUUGGGUUUUCCUGAGUAUUCUGCUUGUCGCUGCGCAUUAUGUGUCGGGACAGAGCACGGUAAGGUGGUGCACUAUUUCGACCGAGGAGGAGGCAAAAUGCAAAGCUAUGGCGGAGGCCUUCACCAGUGUGUCAAUACGGCCAACACUGCGCUGUGUCCUCGCCUCAUCUAAAGCCGAGUGCGCUCAAAAACUCACUAAAAAAGAAGUGGAUGCAUUUUCAGCCAGUGUUAAAGACAUCUAUGACAAUGGGAAACAAGCCAGCUUCAAAAUUGCAGCUGGAGAGUCUGGAGCUGAUGGGAAAGGAAUAACCUACUAUGGUGUCGCUGUAGUAAAAAAGGCAAAUUCAGCCAUCAACAUCAACAACCUAAAAGGGAAGAACUCUUGUCACACAGGAAAGCACCGUACAACUGGCUGGAACAUCCCUGUAGGAUAUUUAAUUGAUAGUGGAAAGAUGUCUGCAAUGGGAUGUGACAUCUCCCAAGGGUUUGCUGACUUCUUUAACGCCAGCUGUGUCCCGGGGGCUAAAGACGACCCCCCAUCUUUGUGUGAACAGUGUAAGGGAGAUGGGACAGGAAAUUUUAAGUGUGACGAAAGCGACCGCGAGAGCUACUACUCAUAUAAUGGAGCAUUCAGGUGCUUGGUCGAAGGUGCAGGGGAUGUUGCCUUUGUGAAGCACACUACUGUAGGCGAAAACACUGAUGGUAAAGGGGAAUCAUGGGCUCAAGGGCUUAAGUCAGAUGACUAUCAGCUCUUGUGUCUGGAUGGUACUCGUAGUCCAGUUAAGGAUUAUGAAAAAUGUAAUCUGGCCAGAGUUCCAUCAAGAGGCAUUGUGGUCCAUAAUGACAUCGGCAGUUCGGUGGUUUACAACAUGUUGCGUGAAGGGCUGCAAAAGUCUGGGUUCUCAUUGUUCUCCUCAUCAUUGUUUGGUGGGACAAACCUGUUAUUCAGUGAUGAUUCAACAACAUUUAUUGAAGCUGGAAAAGAAAACUAUAUUGAGUGGAUGGGCCGUAGAUACUAUGACAUACUUAAAGCUGUAGACUGUUCAGCGUCUGACGUUCCCUCUGACCUUCGCUGGUGUGUCCUGUCUUAUGGAGAGCAGCAAAAAUGUGCAGACAUGGCCGUGGCUUUUAACAGCAAAAGUUUGGUUCCCAAGAUUAAGUGUGUCUAUGGCACAUCUGUGGAGGAUUGUCUAAAGAAAAUUAAAAACAAGGAAGCUGAUGCCAUUACUCUCGAUGGAGGUUACAUCUACACAGCAGGCAAGAGUUUUGGUCUGAUACCUGCUGUUGGGGAAAGCUACACAGGAGACACUGAUGGCAGCAUUUAUUACUCUGUUGCUGUGUUGAAAAAGAGUAACAGUAACAUCCAGAGAUUCAGUGACCUCAAGGGCAAGCGUUCUUGUCACACAGGUUAUGGCAGGACUGCAGGCUGGAACAUUCCCAUGGGUUUGCUUAUAGAGAAAGGCCUUAUCAGACCACAAAAAUGCGAAGUACCUCAAGCUGCUGGGGAAUUCUUCCAGUCGUCCUGUAUACCUGGAGCUAAUCAGCCUGGUAUCCCCAGUAACUUGUGCGAGCAGUGCAUUGGAGACUCCAGUGGUAAAAACAAGUGUGAGAAAGGUCAAGACCUGUAUGAUGGUUAUAAUGGAGCCUUUAGGUGCCUUGUUGAAGAUCAUGGUGAUGUGGCCUUUAUUAAACAUUCCACUGUGUUCCAAAACACAGAUGGAAACAAUACAGAACCUUGGGCGGUACACCUGAAGUCCGGUGACUUUCAGCUGCUUUGUUCUCACGAUUCUCGUGCUGAAGUCACUCAGUAUAGUAAGUGCAACCUGGCCCGUGUCCCCUCCCAUGCUGUAAUGAUACGACCCUGUACCAACCAUCACGUUAUCUUUGGCCUUUUGGACAAAGCCCAGAGCUUUUUUGGAGUUAAUUCUGCCUCAGGCUUCAAGAUGUUUGAAUCCAAAGAUUAUGAGGGAACAGAUCUGAUUUUCAAGGACUCAACCCUCACUUUGAUUGGCGUGGGAGAGAGGAAGACUUAUGAGGAUUGGCUUGGCAAAAGUUACCUGGAUGCAGCGGUGGCCAUGGAGUGUUCAGCUUCCUCAACAGUGUUUUCCUUGUCCUCGGUAUUGUUGAUGACCAUUGUGAGCUCCCUGGUAUCUCUGUUGACUUCAUAGCUGGUCUCGUAGCCAAAGCAGGGGAGUCACCUCUUUUUGACUCCAGCCUUCAUACCCAUACCAAAAUGAUUUUAUGAUUUAAUUUAAAAUGAAGAAAAAAAGAUGUUUUAAACCCAACACCAAUGCACUUUAUCUGUCUAAUAUUUUUUUCUUCAGAAUAUAAUACACAGUGCAUAAAUAUGAAAGGAUCUGGAUCUGGGGGAAAUUUAAAGGUCCAAUUUAAUAGUUAAUGCAAUAAAAAAAGAGUAGAUUAAGAACUAAUCAUUUUUUAAAUAACAUCUGUGUUUUUUUCUCCUUGUUUAUUGCUGAGGGCAAUAGCCAUACUGUAUCAGUGCAUAUGCUUUAACAUAUUUAUUGCAUGCUGUUUAUUGCAGUGUUUAAAACCUAUAUUUUAUUAUUGUGUGAACUGCUUAAAGGCACAUGCCAUAUCAGGGAAUAUGCUGUGCAUAGCACUUUUCUCUAUUAUAUAUUUAAACUAGACAUGCACGUUAUUGAAAAUAGUAUGCACUGGAGCUGUACUACUGAAUGGAUUGAAUUGAAAUGGUUGUUUUCCUCACGUAUUCUCUCCUAAGCUGAAAGCAUAUGGAAAUUAGUCGAAUGUUCUAUAUUAGCAAUUUCACUUUUAUUAUGUAUUCAAAUGUUUUUAUGUUUUUAAAUUCAAAGUAACUUUUUAGUAAUUUGAUAAGCAGUCACUUAGAUUAUCGACCAUAUGAUACACUGAGCAGAGAAUUGCUUUCAUAAGUUGGGAAUACAUCUUUAGUUACAAACCCUUGUUUCUUCAUUCUGUUAAAAUUAUUGCUAUGCAAAUGUACAAUCCCAACAACCUCAAACUUUAGUACUUUCAAUAUCUACAAGCAAAUACGGCUUAACAACUGACCUUAAUGUAAAAAAAUGAUUUUAAAAAUUUUUGGUUGAUUUCUCACUGGGUUCCUUUGGCCUGCAAUUUAGAUGUCUGUUUAAUAACAUAGCAUUUCACUACUUAAUUUCAAGUGUUCCUAAAAGAGAUUAUUUUUAUAUGUUGUUCAGAUACCAUAUCAGUGUAUAUGUGCUGACACAUUAAUGUCAUACAUUAAUACUUGCUUUGUUGGAUUUUUUCAGUAAAGUGAUCCAGUAUAACUAAUAUUUAGUUGCCAGGCCAGUGCGUCUGCUCAAAUAUUAUCUCAUAUGAGCUUUUUACUCUUCCUAAAUAAACAAUGAACAUGCAUU